AUGGCGACGCCGUCCUCCCCCUCCCGCUCCCCGACCUCCUCCUACUGGUGCUACCAGUGCGACCGCUUCGUGCGCGCCGCCGCCUCCGCCUCCCCCUCCCCUGCCUGCCCCUCCUGCGGCGGGGGCUUCCUCGAGGAGAUGGGCGCGCCGCCACCACGCGCAGCCUACCUCCGCCGCCCCAGCGCGCACCACCACCACCACGUCGCCGCCGCAUCCGCCGACCUCCGCGCCCGCCGCGGCGGCGCUGGCUCCGGCGCCACCGGCUCCCGCGCCUCGCCCUUCAACCCCGUCAUCGUGCUCCGCCGCUCCCCUCCCAGCGCCACCGACGGCUCCUCCUCCCCCACCGCGAACCCAACCAACACCGGCAGCAGCUUCGAGCUGUUCUACGACGACGGCGCGGGAUCGGGCCUGCGCCCGCUGCCCGACAGCAUGUCGGACUUCCUCAUGGGGUCGGGCUUCGAGCGCCUGCUGGACCAGCUGGCGCAGAUCGAGGCGGGCGGGCUAGCGGCGGCGCGCGCCCGCGACGCCCCGCCGGCGUCCAAGGCAGCCGUCGAGUCCAUGCCCGUCGUCUCCGUCGGCGCCGUCCACGUCGCCGCCGACGCGCACUGCGCCGUCUGCAAGGAGCCCUUCGAGCUGGGCGCCGAGGCCAGGGAGAUGCCCUGCGCGCACAUCUACCACGCCGACUGCAUCCUCCCCUGGCUCGCGCUCCGUAACUCCUGCCCCGUCUGCCGCCACGAGAUGCCCACCGACGCCCCGCGCGCCGCAGGCGCCACGGCCGCCGCUGGCGCCACCAACGCCGGGGAGGAGGAGACUACGGUCGGGCUCACCAUCUGGAGGCUGCCCGGCGGCGGGUUCGCGGUCGGGAGGUUCGCCGGCGGGCGGAGGCCCGAGGAGAGGGAGCUGCCGGUCGUGUACACGGAGAUGGACGGCGGGUUCAACAGCGGUGGCGCGCCCCGGCGGAUCUCGUGGGGGUCCAGGCAGGCCGCGUCCACGGACAGGGGCACCGUCCGCAGCUUCCUCCGCAACGUCUUCGCCUGCUUUGGAGGACGCGGCCACGCCUCCUCUUCGGCGUCAAGGUCGCACGCCAUGCCUGAGCUCAACGACGACGACGCGUCUGACCAUAGUGCAGCGUUCAGCCAUGGGUCUAGGAGCCGGAGCACCAGCUGGAGGCUCGAGGACGGCCAUGCCGACGCCAUGGUGCAGAGAUGA